ACGGACUGCACACAGAUCAAAACUCUUUCACCAAACGCCCCCUCUGGGGUUUAUGUGAUCCAACCUGCUGGAGUCAAAACCCCUUUCAAGGUGUACUGUGAGAUGCUUCCAGAUGGAGGCUGGACGGUGUUUCAGAGACGCAGUGGAGGGGCAGUGUCCUUCAACAAAAAAUGGAAUGCCUACAAAAAUGGUUUUGGAAAGCUGAAAGAGGACCACUGGCUCGGCCUGAAGAAGGUUUUCGCUCUGACAAAGAAAACAACCAAGAACUGGACCUUGAGAGUGGACCUCUGGGAUCAUGAAGGUGGCACUGCUUUAGCUGAGUACAACAACUUUAGGCUGGGAGAUGAGAGAACGGCUUUCAAACUUCAGGUUGGAGAAUACCGCGGCAACGCAGGCGACGCCAUCAGGGGUGCUUAUCCUGGCAUCGACCAGAAUGGCUUUGGCUUCAGCACUUUUGACCGAGACAACGAUGGCUGCAACCCGUGCCUCUUUGGAGACAUUCUUCAAAAAGACUGCGCCUCCUCCGAGGGAGGUGGCUGGUGGUUCAGCAAAUGUGGCUCGGCCAGUCUGAACGGAGACUGGCACCCGUCUGGUGACCACCUUGGUUGGGCUUCCGGCGUCCACUGGCUCACCUGGAAAGGUCCCGCACCGUACUCUGCUAAGGCCAGCAGAAUGAUGAUCAAUAGUGAUGUUGAGGGAUACGAGCGUAUUCCAAAAGCAAGGGCUUCCGGGCUGGACCGGGUAGCUACUGUGGAACUCCUGGUGCAGACGUAUGGCAAGAAAGGGGCUUUUACCGUCACUGUGGAGAUACUGAAAAAGAUGAACUUCAGACAGCUGGCCCAAGACCUUCAACAAAAGUGUUGUGAAGGUGCCGGCAAUCAAGCCAAUGAAGCUGAGUCGGACGACAACGCAACCGGACAGGAGACGAAAUUCACGGUGAAGGAAGAGUUCCACGUCUAUAAGGAAGUGGACGAAGGAGAGACCGUCUACAGGGAUGCACUCUACAUACAGCACAGUUUGACUAAAGCAGCCUGUGGAUGCCUAACUGAGGAGUAUGAGCUCACGCAAACAAAGCUCAAGAGCGUUACAACUGAAAAAAACUUUAAAGACGUUUCCAAACCAGAGUGCAACGGCGAGAGGUUGGUGACAUUUGUGAAAAAGAACGCCACACCGGCUAAAGAUCGUGACGAAUCGCUCAAAAUGAAGGAUCUGCUCGGCUAUCGUGGUCUCAUAUUGGCACUUCUUGUGUGCUUCUCAGAUCAGAAAAGGUUUAAGAAAGUCUCAUCAGGAACGGACUGCACACAGAUCAAGACUCUUUCACCAAACGCCCCCUCUGGGGUUUAUGUGAUCCAACCUGCUGGAGUCAAAACCCCUUUCAAGGUGUACUGUGAGAUGCUUCCAGAUGGAGGCUGGACGGUGUUUCAGAGACGCAGUGGAGGGGCAGUGUCCUUCAACAAAAAAUGGAACGCCUACAAAAAUGGUUUUGGGAAGCUGAAAGACGACCACUGGCUCGGCCUGAAGAAGGUUUUCGCUCUGACAAAGAAAACAACCAAGAACUGGACCUUGAGAGUGGACCUCUGGGAUCAUGAAGGUGGCACUGCUUUAGCUGAGUACAAGAACUUUAGGCUGGGAGAUGAGAGAACGGCUUUCAAACUUCAGGUUGGAGAAUACCGCGGCAACGCAGGCGACGCCAUCAGGGGUGCUUAUCCUGGCAUCGACCAGAAUGGCUUUGGCUUCAGCACUAUUGACCGAGACAACGAUGGCUGCAACCCGUGCCUCUUUGGAGACAUUCUUGAAAAAGACUGCGCCUCCUCUGAGGGAGGUGGCUGGUGGUACAGCAAAUGUGGCUCUGCCAGUCUGAAUGGAGACUGGCACCCGUCUGGUGACCACAUUGGUUGGGCUUCCGGGGUCCACUGGCUCACCUGGAAAGGUCCCGCACCGUACUCUGCUAAGGCCAGCAGAAUGAUGAUCAAGUCAGUGUGAGAGGAGUCAACGCCUGAGCUGACUUCUGUAGUUUUCGGCUACGCUUUUGGAAGAAUCGUUUCCAAAUAUUCUGUUACAUAAAAGUAAAUGAGUAUGAUUGCAGUUUAAAUGAAUAUUCCUUCUUUCUCCACGCGUGAGAGCUCUUUAUCUCAUGUGAUUUUAUUGUGAAAUUCUUAUAUUUUUGAGCAGCACAAAUAAAACUUGUCUUUAGGCUUUUUCUUGUGUGCCAUGUGUCUGUUACAGAAGUGUUGGUGAUACAAUGAAAGAAAAUGUCUAAAAAGUGGUUGCAUCUCACAAAUGGUGAACCUGACGGGUGAUUGUGAUUUGUCCACAAACAAAAAUCACAAUAUCACGAUUGAUUCAGUAACUGUUUGAAUCCGACUCCUCAUUUGUUCCUCAUUUGCUGACUUUUAAUAUAGAGAGAUGUGUAGAAAAUAGUUGUCACAACCAUGAGAAGAUUAUCUUCAACCACUUGAAUAUAAAUUUAACAACUUUGUCUAAAGUUCUUAAGUCAUGUCUUAAAUAUGUUCUUUUAGGGCAGAUAUGAACUUAAUUGUUUGAUUCUACGUAGCUUUAAUUGCUAUCAGUAAAGACAGCAUGGCUGAAGUAUUUUUUUUCUUUUUUUUAUUAGAUUGGAGUACUUUAGUAAUUCUCAACUGUUUGGAAACAAAAUCAAACA